UAAUUACAGUCUUCUUCUCUUGCGAUAACCUAAGGCGUAAGCUUUGCUUUCCUCUUCUCCAUUUCGUUGCUUUCGACUUCGCCUGCUUCGCGCGAGGUAGGGCUGUGAACGAGUCACUAAAAGCCUUCUUCGCCUCCUUCGACGACGGUUCCUGCCAGUUCGCCCUUCUUCCUGUUCGAUCGGAAGUAGCGACGGGAGCUCGCUGUCUGUGAAGGUCUUCAAUCGCAGUGAGAUUGAUUCAGUGUUUGUUGGGCAUCUCUGGUUCUGUGUAAGGGGUAAUCAUGGAUGUUGAUUCACAACCCACCAUGGAGGAGACAAUAUUGGUCGGCGAUGAUCUUAUGCUAGGGCCACCAUCACCUCGCAUCCCUCCAGAGAUAGCAUCGCAUGUCCUUGAAGGUGUUAAUUUGUGUGAUGGGAUUUUGAGGAAUCUUUUUUUGUGUUUGCAAAUUAAUGACAUUGAACCUUUUUGUCAGGAUGAGAUUGUUUUUUAUCGUCAGUGUGCUGAGAGUAGGGAUAAGCUGCUAAGGCAACGGCUCCAAGAUAGUGAGCAUAAAUUGGGCUUAGCCAUGCCCUUGGAACAAGCAAAGGAAAGGGAAGUUCAACUUCUAGCUGAGGUGACGUCUUUAGAGAGGCGCUUGAUUCUAGCGAGUGGAAUAGAAGGUGUCGAAGGUUUUAGACAGCGGUGGAGUUUGCAUGGACGUCUUGAGGAUACCAGGAGAAGGUUGGAAUCAUUGAAUAAGGGGAUUUCUCAAAGGAAAAAUUGAAAGCACAGAAAUAUCUGAGGAAGAUUUCUCAAAGGAAAAUCAACUACUUUACUGUUUUAAUUUGGGUAAUUCUUGUUUUGUGCAUUUAUAAGGAUUGGUGUUACCAUAACAAGCUUAGAUAGCCAAUAUGAUUUAUGAGGUUUGGAAGACCA